AAAAAAUUUGAUAUUUUUUAGCGAAAUGUUUUUAUAAUGUACCGUAUUUAAAUUUAAAAAAAAAUAAUGGAAUUUUCAGACGUUUCAAGCACGCCAAGACAAAAUUUGAUACUACACAAUGCUUUUCGCCUAUCAAAAGAAGAAUAUUAAAACGCCAAAAUUGUCUUCAAAAGUAAUUUCGCAUUAAGUUGGCUAUUUAGUUAAAGCUUAUAGAAAAAUUCUGAGCAAAAUCCAGUUAAAAAGAAAAUAAACAAGAACAUUAGCUUUGUAGCACUGCGCUCCUUUACCAAUGCGAUCGUUAUGAUUAUUGAUGAUGCAGAAGAAACUUUUUCUAUUAGGUAAAUUAGACGACAAAGCUUCACAACUGCACGCAAUAGCCUCUCUUCGGGUACUUCUGGAUGCAACGAAGAGCAAUGGCGGAUUGCCGAGCGGAAAUGUCUCUCCAACAACUGGCUAUCCUUCUUCUUCGGGAGAUCUAAAGCCUCCUAAUUCUACAAUGGUUGAGAUAACGUGCGACCGGCAAAGCCACGUGCCCUCCGCAGAUACCUGCAUUACCAGUAUGUCCGGAUGUGAAGAGGACAUUGCGCGCACAGAGGCCAUCAACAAUUUACAGCACUCAGAUAAUCACUCACCUAUGAGUCUGACGACGCACAGUGCCCAACGUGAUGCUCGGAAUGGGAGGGAGCUCCGAGAAACAACAAUAGGAAACGGUUUUCAUGGUAGUGCCACUGCAGGAGGAAACGUCAGCACCAUCUUGCCUGAACGAAACGCCCCUUCACAGAGCACAACGACUUCCACGGUACCUAUUUAUCUUUUGCAUGUGUGAUCGUGUGGAUGUUUAUGAUGGUUGUCUUCGUUGUU